GUUAUCAGGUUUUCAUAUAGACAAACUAGUAGUAAUAAAUACGCGUUAUUGAAAGUAUCUAAACGAAUAUUAAGAUGAUUACAGAAUUAUGGACAAAAAAUAAUACAAUAACUUUGAGGACUUCAAUGAGUCACAUAAUGAAAUACAAGCAUCUUCUGAAAUGGAAAAACAGCGAGUCUAUUUUGGAAGUAGGUUGUGGAGAUGGAACUAACGCUAAACAGGUUAUACUACCUAUUUUGCCGAAGGAUUAUAAAGAAUUUCACAUUUCCGACAAAGAACCCAAUUUCGUAAAAUACAUUGAACGAAAUGUUACUAUACCAAAACUGAAAGUUUUUAAACAAGAUGUCGUUGAGGAUGAAGUUCCGAAGGAGCUGGAAAAUAGGUUCGAUCACAUUUUCGGAUUUUUCUUUUUGCAUAUGUUAAUGGAUCCAAGAAAAGCAUUGGUGAAUAUUCACAAAAUGUUAAAACCUGGUGGACAAACGUUUUUUAAUUUUUUCGAAUACACCCCAAUAAACAAAAUAAUGCAAAAUAUGGCAAUUCAUCCAAAAUGGGGAAAAUACGAACACAAAGAAAAUGCUUAUUGCUACCAUGAAAAUCCGUUAGAAGCUUACACUCAAGACUUUAUAGCGGCUGGAUUCAAAGACGCAAUUUAUAAUACCGAAAAAGAAACAUGGGAAUUUGAUGAAGGACCUGAAUGGGAAAAUUUGCUGGUGUCAGUUAACUCAGUAUUGUCAGAACUUCCUGAAAGUGACAAAGAAGAAUACAUCAGAGAUUAUGUAGAAUAUUGCAGAUCAGUUGGUCCCACGAAAGUCAAAACAGCCGAUGGAAAAUGGAUUAGGAAAUUUGAUAGAAAUAUGUUUGUGGUAGUUGCUAAUAAAACUUAAAUAUCAAAAACUAUAACAUAUAUUAUAAAAUAUUAAUAUAUACUUAUAAUAUGGAAAAAAAAAUGAAAAUAAUAAUCUGAAGAUUCGUUUCAA